CCCCUGCUCUCUCUGCUCCCCCAGGUCCUCCCUGGAGGACCCGACAGCCAGCUCUGCCUCCUGCUCUCGGUAAAAUAUUGGGCGAGUUCCUUGAUCUCUUCUUACCUCAGUUUCCUCACGGCAAAAAAAAAAAAAAAAAAAAAGGGUUACUUCUUCCCAGUGGUGUUUUUAUGAGAUUUAAAUGAGGUUGUAUAUAAGGAGCUUAAAAAUAGUGCCUCGUGCAUAGUAAAAUGUUGGCUGCUAACCAUAAAUUCUGUUGUAAACCUCAGAAAGGCGCCCUGUUAUGCGGAAGCUUCUGUGAGCCCGGGAUGGGGUCGGAGCUCACUGAUGAUGCCUGGAUGUGGGCUGUUGUUUCUGCACCUGGACCCUCUCUAGCCUCUGGGCUUCCGCGGACCCUGGAGCAAGUCCUCCGUGGAAACAGCCGUGCAAUUGGAGAGAAAAAUAGUAUUAACAGCAUGUAUCUGAAUAGCACGGAAACAGCGUGCCUCACUACACGGGUGGUGGGGCCUCAAUCAGUGUGCAAUGUUGUGUAAUCAGCCCGUGUUGUUGAUUUAAAUGCAACAGGGUUUAUCAGGCUGAGGUUUUUAUUAGCCAUUAUUUACCUUCUUGCAUAUGGGAGAAGAAACUUUGUCCAGACCAGUGGUUCUCAACCUUCCUAAUGCCGCGACCCUUUAAUACAGUUCCUCAUGUUGUGGUGGACCCCAAUUUCAUUGUUACAAAUUGAACAUAAUGAAAGCAUAGUGAUUAAUCACAAAAGCAAUAUGUAAUUAUGUAUGUGUUUUCCGAUGGUCUUAGGCGACCCCUGUGAAAGGGUCACAGGUUGAGAACCGCUGGUCUAGACUCUUCCAGCUUCAUAACAUUUGCAAGAAAUUAUACACGUUAGGAGAAGAAAAUCCGUGGAAAACUUAACUGUCAUUACUAACAAGGAAUUAUCUGUGAGACAACCAGUCAGAAUUAGAUUUUUCCGAGGGUAAUGAUAACUCAUGGGGCAGAACAAUCAUCUCUGAAUUCUGGGUUUCUUAAAAGAAUGAUUUUUUUGGAAAGUCACUUUGUGUCUUUUAUUUUUUAAUUUUUUUAUCACAUUCUUAAGGAGAGUUUUUUGAAUCCGAAACGACUGCUUGUCUUUAGCUGCAAGAAACAGGGAAUACCGGCGUUAUUAUUAUCCCCACUUAUAGGUGACUGGAAUGAGGCGCAGAGAGACAAGUGACUUGCUCAAGAUUUACACUGCUGAUGAGUAGGAAGUAAUACAUAGACAUGCCAGAAUUUGAACCCAGGCAUUUUGGCCCCAUUAAGUUAUACUGCCUGCCUGCCUGCCUGCCUUUCAUUUCCUCCAAUACCCAGGUUCAGGAAUACUCUGGAAUGUCAAGACGCACUUGGGGUAGGACUGUUUUAAGUAAUGUUGGUGAACAGUGGCAGCUGGCUGGGGUCCAGGGGAAGCUGGAGUCAGCCCCUUUUCUCACUUAGCUUCCUGGUCACUGCCUCUGCCCGGAGAAGGGCACCACUUUGUGCUCCUGUGAAGGCCCUGUGGACUGGCAGCAUCCGUAGCCUCUCUCUCACCAUGUCUUUCCCUUCCCCAGCGUUGCCGUCCCAGAACUCUGCCUUUCCUCACAAGGAAGAGGAGAAAAAUGAUCAAGUUGCAGGAGCCGGUGACGUUCCAGGACGUGGCUGUGGUCUUCAGCGAGGAGGAGCUGGGGCUGCUGGACUCUGUCCAGAGGAAGCUGUACCGAGACGUGACCCUGGAGAACUUCCGGAACCUGGUCUCAGUGGGGCAUCUCUUCUCUAAACCAGAUGUGAUAUCCCAGUUGGAGAGAGAGGAGCAGCUUUGGAUGACGGAGAUACAACGUCAAAGAGGUGGGCAUUCAGCAGAGAAUUGUGCAGCCAGAGUCCUUGAAGGAGGCAGGAAUGAAAAUGAGAUGGAGACUCUUGGUGAAGCGGGAGGAAGGUGCCUUUCUUUGGGAGAGCUCUCCUGCUGGCAAAUCAGGAGACAUGUUGUGAGUAAAUUAACGAAAAGUCAAGUCUCCAUGCUACAUGUUCAAGAAAAGAGUUCUCAGCUCCCCAAACAACUUAAUUCCCCCGGUCAGGUGGGGGCAGGAAUCUCUAUUCAGGAAGACAGCUGUGUAAUGAGUCCUACAGAGGAUCAUUCCAGUAUUAAUGAAAGUCAAGCGUUUACAACAGGGAGAGCUCAGAAUUCUCGGAGUAACAUAUACCUGAACGAGACACAGAAUUAUCAGAGAAGUUGUAAGCAGAUGCCAGUGAAAAACAAGUUAUGUAUAUUUGCUCCAUGUGCUAACAUCUUCAGUUGUAAUUCACACCACCAUGAUGAUGAUAUAGUACACAAAAGAGAGAAAGCUCACAGCAACAAAGAUUGUGGUGAAGAUAUCUCAAAUGUAUCAUCUCUUGCCCAGCUCAGUAUAAUCUACACGGGACAGAAAACCUACCAGUGUAGUGAAUGUGGAAAAGUAUUCAGCGAUAGCUCCAGACUUGAAGUUCAUCAGCAGUCACACUUGGCAAAGAAGUCCCUUAACUGUAGUACACGUGAGAAUACCAGUUAUAGCUCAGCCAUUCCCCUUCAACAAUACGUUCACGCAAGAAAAAAACGUUAUUGGUGUCAUGAGUGUGGAAAGUGUUUUAGUCAGAGCUCAAAUCUGCAAACUCAUCAGAGAGUCCACACAGGGGAGAAACCCUAUUCAUGCGUAGAGUGUGGGAAGAGCUUUAAUCAGACCUCACAUCUGUACGCUCACUUGCCUAUUCACACAGGAGAGAAGCCCUAUCGAUGCCAAAGUUGUGGGAAGGGCUUCAGUCGUAGCACAGAUCUUAAUAUUCACUGCAGAGUCCACACUGGAGAGAAACCUUACAAAUGCGAGAUUUGCGGAAAGGGCUUCACACAGAGAUCACAUCUUCAGGCCCACGAAAGAAUCCACACGGGAGAGAAACCAUAUAAAUGUGCAGAUUGUGGUAAACGCUUCAGUUGUAGCUCAAAUCUUCACACCCAUCAGAGAGUCCACACUGAGGAGAAGCCGUACAGGUGCGAUGAGUGUGGGAAGUGCUUUAGUUUGAGCUUCAAUCUUCACAGUCACCAACGAGUCCACACGGGAGAGAAACCAUAUAAAUGUGAAGAGUGCGGGAAAGGUUUUAGCUCAGCCUCAAGUUUCCAGAGCCAUCAGCGGGUUCACACGGGAGAGAAACCGUUUCGAUGCAAUGUGUGUGGCAAAGGCUUCAGUCAGAGUUCAUAUUUUCAAGCCCAUCAGAGAGUCCACACUGGAGAGAAACCCUACAAAUGUGAGGUGUGUGGGAAGCGCUUCAACUGGAGCUUGAAUCUUCACAAUCACCAGAGAGUCCACACAGGAGAGAAGCCCUACAAAUGUGAAGAGUGUGGGAAGGGCUUCAGCCAGGCCUCAAAUCUCCAAGCUCAUCAGAGUGUCCACACUGGGGAAAAACCAUUCAAAUGUGACGCGUGUCAGAAGCGAUUCAGCCAGUCUUCACAUCUUCAGGCCCACCAGAGAGUGCACACCGGAGAGAAGCCCUAUAAAUGCGAUACCUGCGGUAAGGCCUUCAGCCAGCGGUCAAAUCUUCAAGUCCAUCAGAUCAUUCACACCGGGGAGAAGCCAUUUAAAUGUGAGCAGUGUGGGAAGGAAUUCAGCUGGAGUGCUGGGCUCAGUGCUCAUCAGCGGGUCCACACCGGAGAGAAGCCCUACACGUGUCAGCAGUGCGGUAAGGGCUUCAGUCAGGCCUCCCAUUUCCACACACAUCAGAGGGUCCACACUGGAGAGAGGCCUUACAUAUGUGACGUAUGUUGUAAGGGCUUCAGCCAGAGAUCGCAUCUUGUAUAUCAUCAGAGAAUCCACACUGGAGGGGACCUGUAGGCAUGCGAGGUGCGACAUGGCCUGUAGUUUGAGUUCACAUCUUGGUCCCCAUGAGAGAGUCUGUGCUGGUGAACGUGGAAAGCUCCUUCAGAACUCAGGAGCCUCGAGGAAUGGCCGCGGGAAAGCAGCUCUAUAAGACGUGACUCAACAACGCAGUUGGGGGGAUGAAUUCUUUGUAAACGUCAGAUUUCACAUGAGAGAAACUGGUUUCAUAAAAUGGUAAAUGGUUACACCAGAGUUUUCAAUGUCCCGGUUCCGAAGAACACAACAGAAGGAUCGUACAUUUCAUUGGAGUCACCCAGAAGAGGGCGUAUGAAUGGAGAUUAUGUGCAGCACUCGAACAAAAGUAUAUGUGGCAGAUUUGACGGACAAAUAAAAUUUAAGCCAACUACAAUGUAACCUCCAUGUAAUAGAGGUGUUUUUCACCACUACCGGUAUGUCUACCUUGUAGAACUGCUUGGCUUGUAUGAGGUGCCCAUCAAUUACUGAACAAAGUAGAGAAAACCACUAUAAUGACAAGUAUUUGAAAAUUCUAGUCAGUUCCCUACCUUAAAUUCAUAACAGCAUAUGCAAAAAGAAUCCUGUAAUGCUGCCAUCCACAGUAACACAAAUUAAUUUCAACAAGACUUCUGAAUGGCUCCCAUCCCCCAUUCAGCCUCAGUUUUUUGUACAGUGUAUUAUCUGUCUGUACAGUAUAAUACUUAAUCAUUGGUUUGUAUUUUAUAGACUGAAAAGUACUGGUUUUUAUUAAUCUAUUAACAUGAUACUGAAUUUAUACAAUUAUAAAUUUUGAUCCCUAAUUCAUUAGGGUACAGUUUUACUGUAACUCUUUGAAAAUGUUAAAAGUAGUUACUAAUGACAGAAAGUUUUGGUGAACUUGAACUGUGAGUAAUCGGUUUCUUCUCAUUUUCAUGCAAACUUAGGUCAAAGUGCCUAUGCUUAGCUCUUCAUCCAUCGUAACUUUUAAGGCAGGGGCCUUGGUAGAUUUCAUGGACAUCACUUUGUCACAUUCCACCCUCAUUCUUCCUGCUAAAAUGGGGAGGGGGAAGCAGGAUAAGAAAGUUUUUUUAAAUUUUUAUUGAAAUUUCACUAACUGUAACAGUUUAGGUAAAUUGUCAUUUUCACAGCAUUCCAUGUUCAAUGCUUUCUCGGUCGAAGUGGACAACAUUAGCUGGUCAGUACGUAUCAAAAUAUCCUUUGACCCACCUACCCUAGCACUAGAGGUUUUGCUUAGGGGACUAUAGAAAAAGCUAGAUCAUACACAACGAUGUUUAUACUGAAUUCAAUAAAAGGAAAUAAGUAUCUGUAAAAUAUUUAAAUUUUGUUUGAAUAUUAUACAGGCACGAAAAAUGUGGUGGGGUGGUGGUCUCUUCUUGAAGUUACAACAUGCUGGACCCCUAUAAUUCACAAAGGAUUUCCUGCUCAACAUACUCAUGUCUGAGAGCUGCACACUGAAAUGAGGGGACACACCUGAGUGAACCGUGGAGAUGGUGCGAGGGGAGGGGGGGCGAAGGCCAGGGACAGAAGCUGUGCCCAGUCUAGCACUUGCUGAAGCCCCCAGUAGACACAAUGGCAUUCAAGGACGGGGGUCAACUCCCACUGGGCAAACCAGAGGGGCAGGGACAACGAUGGGGCCUGGGGGGCUGGCACACAUUGAGACUGGACACAGGGUCAAGAUCAGAGAAGCAGUGCAGAGGGUGUAGCGCCCCACAGCCUGCUAGCACCACCAGACAGAGGACUUCAGACAUGAAAACCCACCCACCCCACCCCCGUGGCCUGCUGGGUAGACAGAGUGCUGAAAACUUUCCAUCCAAGGGGUCUGUCCUCACUGUGGCUAAACAGUGUCCUAGGAAGGACAGAGCUGCGGAUGUGUGAUCCUUCUUCUCCUGCCAACCCCUCCCCCACCCGUCAAGGUGCAGACUGGGGGGGCGGGGGGCAGCCUGGUCCACUCAGUGUGGCUCUGCCAGUGGCUUCGGCCUAACAGGAAGGCAGUGCUGGGAAUACACAGGAGGCCCAAAGCCCCAAACUUCAAUCCACAGGAGUGGUGGGUUGUCACCUUAGAAUGAGGUGACUCGAUUGUAAAAGGACACCCCCUCCUCAGGGAGGACGGGGCUUGUUCCAUGGCAGAGCCAACACGCCCACAGGGAUCCCAGAAGCCCCAGCAGAGCAAGUAAGAGAAAAAAAAGCUGUGCUUCAGCACCACCUCCUGGAAUAGAAACUUCUUCCUAUCAGCCUAUACACUGAAGUGUAAAAUCCUUAAAGUUUCAUUCCCACAAAUGUCCAGGCAGAGAAAUAAUUCAGCACAAUGAGAACAUGGUACCUCCACCCUGGCCGGCUACCUCAGUUGGUUAGAGCAUUGUCUCAGUACGCCAAGCAGCAGGUGGGAUUCCCGGUCAGGAUACGGAUGAGAACCAACCAAUGAAUGCAAAAUUAGGGGGACAACAUUUCUCUCCCCUCCCCCUCCCUAUCACAUCAAUAAACAUCCUCAAGUGGUGUUUACAAAUAAUAAACAAUACGGAGAUUUCCACAAUACGGAUAUAAUACGUUAAUCCUCACCAGAGUAUAUGUUUACUGGUUUUAGAGAGAGCGAACGAUUGAGAGAGAAAAACAUUGAUAUGAGAGAAAUGGAUUGCUUGUCUCCUGUAUGUGCCCCAAGCAGGGAUCGAACCUGCAACCUUUUGGUGUACGGGACAACACUCCAACCAGCGGAGCUGCCCGGCCAGGGCUAGAAUCCAUAUUUUUUAAGUGAAACAAUUGUAUGUGGUUUACAGGGGAAGCUUUAAUUAUGAUACAGGUAGGCAAGGCUACAGACCCUCCCCUCCUCUCCUGUUACAGCCCACACUCAGCCUACAGCCCACACUCAGCCUACAGCCCACACUCAGCCAACAGCCCACACUCACAGCCCAUAGCCCUCACAGCCCACACAGCCAACAGCCCACACUCAGCUCACAGCCCACACUCACAGCCCCUUUUCCCUCAGCCAGUGACAAGGGCGGAUCAGAACAGAAUUUCCAGGAUGACCUGCUGCUCUCCCCACACUGGUGGCAUUAUUGGAACAAAUGCUCAGAUAUGAUUCAGCCCUAUCUGUGCUUCAUUUCACUCAAGUAGUGACAGGCAGCCUCGGACCCAGUGUCUAGUAUCAAAACUGGUGAAAGUAUUGAUUAUAAGCCAUCAUCAAUCACAAGACCACCAGGAGGUGGUUGUCUCUUUGUCAAUCAUCAGUACCUGAGUUAUAGUAUAAAAAAAGUACUGUAACAGGUCUGUUAGCAGAGAUUAAUCUGUGCAAAAUUGCUGGGUCUUCUGUUCCCCUCCAACCCAGUCUUCCUGUAGGUAAAUUACCUUACGAUAAACUGUCAUAUUCUGUGGAGGUGCCUGCUUCGUUUGUCAUUCCGGAGGCACUCACUCAUUCCCGUGGCCGUAACACCUUUGCCCACUAUCAGACAUCAUGGGAACAUUUAUCAAAGGCAAGCUGAGGCUAUUAGAAAAAUGCAAAUUAAAGCUAUAAGAUACCACUACCCAACCAGCAGAAUAGAUAAAAUUUAAAAAUACUGACAAUACUGCCCUGGCCUGGCGGCUCAGUGGGGUGGGGCGCCAUCCCACACACUGAAAAGUGGCCGGCACGUGCCUGGGUGGCGGUUUCGAUCCCUGGUCAGGGCACGCACGGGAGGAUUGAUGUUUCUCUCACAUCGAUGUUUCUCUCUCUUCUUUCCCCCGUCCUCCUUCUAAAAAUCAAUAGAAACAUAUCUUUGGGUGAGGAUUAAGAAAUAAAAAUGCUGACAAUAUCAAGUGCUAGUGAGAAUGGGGAGCAACUGCAUCUCUUACAAGUUACUGGUAGGAGAGAAAACGGUACAGUCACUCUUCUAGAAGAGUUGGGGAGUCUUUUUAAAAACUAAACAUACAACCACCAUAUGACCUGGACAUCGUGCUCCCGGGAAUUCAUCCUGUAGAAAUGAAAAUGUAUCCACACAAAAGCCUAUAGACAGAUGUUCACAGCAGCUCUAUUUAUAACAGGCAAAAUUCUAGGAAGAGAGAACAUAUUCAGUGGUUAGGGUUGGAGGAAGGAUCUGACUAGUACAGAGGAGGGACACAGGUGGGCCAGUUCUGCAUUCUGACUACAGUCAGUUACCAGAAUCUAUACAAAUCUAUACAAGGGAUAUGAUUUCAUAGUCUCUCUCUCUCUCUCUCUCUCUCUCUCUCUCUCUCUCUCUCUCUCUCUCUCUCACACACACACACACACACACACACACACACACUGCAUGCAAACACUGAUGAAAAUAUGCAACUACCAUCUGACCUUCUGACUCAGCAUUUGAACUUCUGGGCAUGCAUCCCAGAGAAAAGGAAACCUAUGUCCACACAAAAACCUACACACAUGCGCACAGCAGCUUUAUCUGCAGUAGCCAAAAAUAUAAUCACACGAAUGUCCUUCAACAGGUAAGUGACUAAUCAAAUCGUGACACAUACAUACCAUAAAAUACUACUCAGUAAUUAGAUGGGCAAACUAAACACAAUUUGGAUGAAUAGCCAGGGAAU